GAGCGGGCACUGAGAGCGGGCACUGAGAGCGGGCACUGAGAGCGGUGAGUGCGGGACGGGACAGCCCGCACUGAGAGCAGGGGGGCAGGAAGAGACAUUCCCUGGAGAGGGGCUGAAGGAUGACAGCCAUCCUGGAGCGGCUCAGCACGCUGUCCCUCAGCGGGCAGCACCUCAGCCGGCUGCCCCGGCUGCUGGAGGACGGCCUGCCCAAGAUGCCAUGCACGGUGAAGGAGUGCGAGGUGCCGCAGCUCUUCCGCGAGCCCUACAUCCACAGCGGCUACCGCCCCACCGGCCAGGACUGGCGCUACUACUUCCUCAGCCUCUUCCAGAAGCACAACGAGGUGGUCAACGUGUGGACUCAUCUCCUGGCGGCUUUGGCCGUGCUGCUGAGGUUCAAGACGUUUGUGGAGGCCGAGCAGUUGCUUGUGGAUGCGUGGUCCUUGCCGUUGCUCAUCUUUGUCCUCUCCUCUGUCACCUACCUGACCUGCAGCCUCUUGGCCCACCUGCUGCAAUCCAAGUCGGAGCUGUACCACUACACCUUCUACUUUGUGGACUAUGUUGGAGUCAGCAUCUACCAGUAUGGCAGUGCCCUGGCUCAUUUCUACUACAGCUCUGACCAAGCCUGGUAUGACAAGUUCUGGCUUUUCUUCCUGCCAGCAGCAGCUUUCUGUGGCUGGCUGUCCUGUGCUGGCUGCUGCUACGCCAAAUACCGGUACCGACGGCCUUACCCCAUCAUGAGGAAGAUGUGCCAGGUGAUCCCAGCAGGGCUGGCUUUCAUCCUGGAUAUCAGUCCCGUGGCUCACCGGGUGGUUGUGUGUCACCUGGGGGGCUGUGAGGAGGAUGCUGCUUGGUACCACACGUACCAGAUACUGUUUUUCCUUAUCAGUGCUUAUUUCUUUUCCUGCCCUGUCCCUGAGAAAUACUUCCCUGGCUCCUGUGAUAUUGUUGGCCAUGCCCACCAGAUCUUCCACACCUUCCUGGCCAUCUGCACCCUGUCACAGCUGGAGGCCAUUCUUUUGGAUUACAAGAACAGGCAGGAGAUUUUCCUGAAGAGACACGGGCCUUUCACCGUUUAUCUCUCCUGCAUCUCUUUCUUUGGCUUGGUGGCCUGCAGUGCCAUCACAGCUUACAUCCUGCGAUGCAGGAUCAAGGCCAGCCUGGCUAAAAAGGACUCCUGAGAGUCACGGAUUUGACAGGCAUGACAUCACCAGAGAAAAUCAAGGAAAAGGGCAUAACAUACUAGAGACAUGACUGUCUUACUUGCCUAACACGCUGUGACUAACCAGGACCCUGGAUUCAGAUGGAGGGCUGGACACUUCAUGCUGGAUGCAUUUUCACAGCAGGGAUUGCCUUUUGCCAUCCCGGGGGGAGCAUGGAGUGUUUUAAGCCAGAACAAGUCACUGAACCAAAGAUGCUGAAAUAGGCAGAGGUUCCUUGUUCAUUCUGGUAGAGCUGUGGGUGAGACCUUGCUGAAGGUCAGGGAGGGCAGCCUGGAGGCUGUGGGACUGCAGAAGGGUGUGCCAGGGCUCACAACACCACGAGGAGCACAGCUGGAUGUGAUGACCUCUCUGUGUUUGGCCAUAUCUGUGUGAGAACUGUUCCUGUCAAAGGCAGUAGGAAGGUUUUGGGAAGUUUGUGUUUCUAGGAUUGCGGUGUGAGGGCACAUGUGGCACCGUGGCUGCUAGAAUCCUUUUCCUGUUCCAGCCAGGUUCUCUCUGAGCUCCCCUUUUCAAGGGUGUCAAUGCCAGGGCACUUAGAUGGCUUUGGGAAAACAUCUUUGGAG